UAGGAAGCUUAAAUCGGAAUACUGAAUUUGAAAUUAAAUUCUUAAUUCGAUUUUAAUAAUACAGUGUACUCCCCAGCAGCUGUGGUGGUCAAAAUAUCCUAGCAGACAUUCUUUUAACACAGAACUAAAUACUCCUGAUAGAAGAUUAUAAUAACAAACACAGCUAGUUUAACUAAUUCUUUGUGUUUUUGUAUUGCAAGAAUAAGCUCACUUCUCUCGUCUAGGCAUCAUCAGCUUUUCUCUCUUAUCUUCUUCUGCUCCGACUCCUUCUCUCUCUUGCCCCCCAUUUCCAAGUAUGGCCAAACCCUAGAUCUGUUCGGCUGUUCCCCCAAAGCUAUUCUUUAAAGUACUACCACCAGGGAGUACCCACUCAGAGGCCAUAGGUAUAGUCAGUUCAAUAUAUAUAAAUAUAUUAGUAGCAGCUGGGUGAGAUGAGUGGCAGCUCAGUGUCAGUAGCCAUGACCGGAGAUGGGUUCCGGCCACCUUUCACGGCGGUGCAAUGGCAGGAGCUGGAGCAACAAGCACUGAUAUACAAGUACUUGAUGGCAGGGCUACCUGUGCCACCUGAACUUGUUAUUACUAUUAGGAGGAGCUUGGAGUCCCUGUCUGCUAGGUUCUUUCAUCACCCCACUUUGGGCUACUGUUCCUAUUAUGGGAAAAAAUUCGACCCUGAGCCAGGUAGGUGCCGAAGAACUGAUGGGAAAAAGUGGAGGUGCUCCAAAGAUGCCUAUCCAGACUCCAAAUACUGUGAGCGACACAUGCACCGUGGUCGCAACCGUUCAAGAAAGCCUGUGGAAUCUCAAUCUGCUUCGCAGUCAUUGUCGACUGCAAUGUCUCACAUAGCAACUGGGAGUAGUAGCGGUGGAAGCUUUCAGAGUAGUGGAAGUGGAAACUUUCAGAAUUUGCCCAUGUAUCCAAAUGUUAAUACAGAGACUCUAUGUUAUGGAAGCAAUCUAUCAACAUUGCAGAUGGAACAAUCUUCUCCUUAUGGUAUCGCAAACAAAGAGUACAGGAGGUAUCUUGGUGGUCCGACGUCUGAUACACAUGCGCAUAAUUUCUCUCCUGAAGUUUCGGGCUCUGUCAGGGGUCUUGGAUUGGACACUGACAUAGACAAUGCAUGGCGUCUGAUGCCAUCCCAGGUUCACUCAAGCUCCUCAUUGAAACCAAGACAUGAUUCUAAUUCUCAGGGGCAACAGGCUUAUGAGCUUGAUGCUACAAUGUCAAAGCAGGAACAACAACAUUGCUUCUUUGGCGACAAAAUCAGCUCACUAGGCCCGGUGAAACAAGAGCAUCAGUCAAUGCGCCCUUUUUUUGACGAGUGGCCAAAAACUAGAGAAUCAUGGACUGAACUUGAUAAUGUUAGCUGCAACAAGAGUACGUUCUCCACCACUCAGCUAUCAAUCUCCACUCCAAUGGAACCUUCUGAAUAUUCUGCAGGGAUUGGUUCUCCAGAUGGGGAUUUCAAAAUUCUCUGAAACUAAGUUUUUUCAUAAGCACCCUAUCUUAAGCCAUGAGGCUUUUAGGAAGGUCAGUAACAAGACCCUGAAACACAAUUUUGCUUGCUACAGAUAAGACAAGCUGAUUUUCAGAAAGGCACCAAGCUGGUCCAAGAGGCAUUAUUAGAUGGCUAGUCAUAUUCUGAGAUGAUGCUUGUUUGUUUUCUAACAUUGUUUUAAUCUAAGUAGUUGCUUUGCCACAAAACUAUGCCUGCAUAUGCAAUUCCAGAAUAAGUGCUCUUUUUGCCGGA